GACUGGCUGCUGCCAGGUAGGGAAGCAGAGCUGCAGAGAACAGCCAGUGAGAGCAGAGUCUGUCUGGGCUGGUUCUGCGGGGGGCAUGGAACUGAGCUGAAAAGAGGCCUUUGGGAAGUUGGCAGUUUUGUCUCUGUGAAGAAAGGGCGUUUCUGUCCUGUGGCCCUGCUGGCCUGCCCGCCUUGGCAAACACACCUGUUUCUUUCUCCACCCUAUGCCCAACCAGACAUCUCUCUGAGAGUGACAGCAGCAACUGGGGACCUCUGCGGAAGCUCCCUCUCUAGCCUGACAAAGGCACCCAGAACCUGGCCCAGGCCUGCUGGGGCGAGGUGGUGGGGAGGAGGGCAGGUGGGAGGGAUGCCGACAGCUGUGGGCUGGUGUGGCAGGCAUGGCCCUGCCCCAGAACAAAUGAGGUAAAUGUGAACUGAGGAGGAGGGUCCCCUGGGGUUUCAAGGGUGAAAGACAAGACAAUGCAGGGACUUCCAGCACUUUUCCGUUAAGGUGGCUUAACUAAAUGGCUUUCUACUACAACCUUCUCUGUUCUUUGUCGUAACCCUAGGUAAUGAGCUCCCGCCUCCCCCAGAAAAGGACAUGACAUAAGGGGGUGAGGGUGCUGAGAGGAGGCACAGCCAUUAGCAGUGUCCCUAACUAACCAGGCGGGGUGGGCAGCACUACAGCAAAGAACAGGGUUUGGGGAGAAACCUUGGAGGGAAACCCCAGAUAGGACAUUAAGUCAGUGUUAGAGUCUCUCUGGGCUGAGCCCAACAGAGGGUCACCCUGAGGUUGAUGGGGUGGACCUGGUGUCUUUUUAUGUGUCGGGGGAGGGGAAUUGCUUGGAACUAGGUUCUUGAAAGACAGAAGCUAGUUUUGGGAGGAGCUGUACCAGUUGCUGUCGAGUUAGUUCUGACUCAUAGCGGCCUCGUGCGUGUCAGAGUACAACUAUGCUCCACAGGGUUUUAAUGGCUGAUUUUUCAGAAGUAAAUCAUCAGGCCUUUUCUUCUGAGUUGCCUAUGGGUGGACUUGAACCACCAACCUUUCAGUUAGCAGCCGAAAGUGUUAACCAUUUCCAUCAUCCAGAGACUCCAGUUAUAGGGUAGAAUAGUAGAAAAUAAAAACAGUCUUAACCCCUUACAUGUACACGGUAAGGAGCUGUGGUUAAAGUGCUCGGCUGCAAACUGAAAGGUUGGCAGUUUAAACCCACCAGCUGCUCUGUGGAAGAGAGAUGUGACAGUCUACUUCCAUAAAGAUUACAGCCUUGGAAACCCUUUGGGGCAGUUCUACUUUGUUCCAUAAGGUUGCUAUGAGUCUGAAUUAACUUGAUGGCAAUGGGUAACAGGUAGAUAGCACGAUACGGUUAUAAACCAGUUUUUGGUCCUUUUGAUACUCACAAUCCUAUGGGAGACACUUGUCCCUUCUUUCAUUGGUCAUGUAACAAAUACUUUAUAGAGCAUUUAUUAUGGGCCAACAAAAAUGAGGCUCAGAGAAGGUAAGAGACAACUUCGCUAAGAUCACAUAGCAAGUUAGCUUUAGUUAGAUGGGACACAAACUCAGUCCUGGUUCCCCACUCUUUCUACAACCUUCUCUUUCCUCUGUUGUAACCAUAGGUAAAUAGGUUCUAGAAGGUAGUACCUUUAUUCUUCAAGGGAAAUGACAGAAGGGACACAAGGAACUUCAGAGACAUAAAGAACCCAGCACUGUGGACUUGUGAUUUCCUCAACUGUGUUUGUAUCUCCAACUCCCCACCCUCUGAUAAAGGUGGCAUGUUCACUUAAACACAUCAAAGUAUGCUGGUCCUGAUGGAAAGGUACCAAUAAAAAAAAAAAAAAGAAGGGAAAGUGGAAAAUGACAGGAAUGCAAGCCGCUUUUAAAUACUAUAGUAAGUGAUGGCAGCAGAAAGUGAAUGGGAGCAGGCGGGUGGGUGGUGAGAACCUGGCUUCCUUGGAAGUUUAUUAUUUAAUAACAGCUUUUUUUUUUUAUUGAGAUACGAUUUACAUGUCAUAGAAUUCACCCUUGGAAGCUUUUUAACGGUCUGGGGUUGUCCAGAAGUGGACGUUGGCGAUGACCAGUCAGGGCAAUGACUAGACUCUGAGCUGACGUAGUCCCAGGAAGCCUGCCCUCUAACGUCAUGUUCUACCCUCACUGGGACCCGGUGUUUGGAGGCCUGUCUAGGAUGCUUUGCUUCCUGGAGUGUUUCUUAUCAGAUACACUCCCUGGGAACUACUGCUGUGUACUCCUCUCUUUCCUGCAGUUUGUAGAGAAGGUCUAAUGGUGGAAAAAAGGGUAAGGUCCCUGGAACACUCCCCCCACCUCCCCAAAGGCCACCCUUUUUGGCUGCCCUAGAGGCCUUAUAGAAGGGGCUGGAGCUUCUAAGACCAAAACUUUCACUUCACAUGUCAGUGAUUCUGCACCGUCAUAUCUGCAGCAAAGCUGACCUCCGGGCUUCCCGGAAGAGCCGCAGCUUUAUAGAUUGUCACCUGCCCGCCUGUGCAAGGCAGACUUCUCCCCUGCCACCGGGGAGACUCUGGAGUCUUCCCCUGCACACGCAUGUGCCGCCUUUCCUCCUUUUCUUUCUUUCUGAAGUUGCCCAAAUUUGGAAGUUCAGCUGGGAUGAGGGGACAUGCUGCCCCAGGGUGACCAGGGCUCUUCCAGGCCCACUGGCUUCUUGGUUUCUUGUGCAUCCCGCCACCAACCUCUACUCCCUGUGCUGCUUCCUGGGCCAGCCCCCACAGCCUGGUGUGGGACAGGGAGGAAGUCCUGGCGGGACAGGGCUGAGGAGUGCCCUUUGGAGUAGCUCCCACUUGUUCCUUGGAUGCUGGGCCUGGCUCCCCCAGUGGCAGACUCUUCUAGGAAUGUGCUCCCUAGCCGGGUUUUCUGGUUGGUUGGGAAUGUCCCUGGGCUGGUCUGCACUGGCUUUUGUGGACUGUUAGAGCUGAGUGGCCUGCUCUGGGCAGGUCCUCAGCCAGCUGCAGGGACUGGGCCCUGGGCAGAGAGAGGGGGAGAGGUCAGGAUGGCCGCAGGUCACAGAGGGACCCACAGCAGUGGGCAACGGAGAUCCGAUGGCUUUGCCUUUGCUUCCCUUGCUUCAGUGAGUUGUCUAGGGGAGGGACGAAAGCAGGCAAAUGGGAAAAGCAAGGGUUCACACAGUGUCUCUGCCAGGAGUCUGGAGAGUUUAGAUCCAUCCCACUUGGGGGCCUGCAUGCCCAAGCACCCCAGCCCAUCAAUCACUCACUGCUUUUCUCUGGGGAGGUUGGAAGGGGAGCAGAGAGGUGAGACUUGCUUGCCCUGUGACCUUGCAUAAGUCACUUAACAUCUCUGAACCUCAGUGUUCUCAUCCAUAAAAUGAGAGGAAUAAAAAUCUCUCUCACACAGAGUUAAGGCUGUGUGUAGGAAGGGGCUGGAGAAUUGUAUGUUGUUGUUGUGUGCCGUUGAGUGGACUCUGACUCGUAUCGGCCCUAUAUGACAGAGUAGAACUGCCUCAUAGGGUUUCCUAGGCUGAAAUCUUUACAGGAGCAGAUCACCAGGUCUUUUCUCCCACACUGACGGGUUCAAACCACCAUCCUUUCGGUUAACAGCCCAGUGGUUAACCAUUGCACCACCAGGGCUCCCUAUUGUGUGCAACCUGUUGCCUUCGAGUUGAUUCUGACUCAUGGCGACCCCAUGUAAAUCCAGGAGACUUGGCCUUUCUUUGCAAAUGUGGUUUCCCUGACUCCUCCAUUCAACCUUUACAGUCACAGAGCUCAUGUAUCUUAAACUGGAAGAGAUUCAAGAUGUCAUCUGGUCCAGUUCCCUGGCAUGUAUUUUGUAGAUAAGACGAUUUUGCCAUUACUUUGACAUUUUGUCAUACCAUGGUGCAAAAAAACCCUUUUCGUCAGGGGUAAGGUGAGACCUCCAGGUGCACACAGGUGCUCUGGCCAGCAAAGGGGUGGAAGAAGAUGGGAAAGCCAUGCCAUCUUAGGAGCAAGUAUAGAUUCUACGACGUUUCCAGGCAGAAGAUCCUGUAUUGCCGUCUCUCCUGGUGAUGAAGGCAUUGACCCUGCAGGCUCCGACUGCUGUCAGAAUCACAUUCUUUUGCAGCCUCCCCUUCUCCCUGUGAACGUGGAAUGCACCCGAUCCUCAGGACUGACAACAGGGGAAAGUGGCUGCCAGGACACAGUAUAUUUGUCAGUGGUUGUUCCUUCAAAGGAAAAUCUCUUUCUGGCCCAUCUCCUUGGGGAGGAAAAAACAAUGGAAGGAACUAUGGAAGAACAGGACUCCGAUGGACUUUUUCCUGGGUCCCUUAGCCUCACUGAAUGUGGGGCCCAGUAAGCACCUUUGAGCUGCAGAAAUGCUUCCCACCAACCAAUCAAGGAGGCAUCAGUGGACAACAGACUCAAUCGGGGAUAUUAAGGAAACAAACAAACAAAAAAACCCCAUUGCUGUUGAGGCAGUUCUGACUCAUGGCAACCCCGUGUAUUACAGAGUAGAACUGCUCUAUGGUGUUUUCUUGGCUGUACACUUUGUGGAAGCAUAUUGCCAGGUCUUCCUUCCAUGGUGCUGCUGGGUGGGUUCAAACCACCAACUUUUAGGUUAGUCAACCAGCACAAACUAUUUGCUCUACCCAGGGACCCCUGAUAUUAGGGAAGGUAGGGGGAAAUGUAGGUCCAGAGUGAAAAGCUACUCCAACUCUGGCUGAGUUAGCUAAACUUAAACCCAGGAGCUUUUCAUCACCUAAGUAAUUGAGAUAGGGGUCCUUUACAGGGGCUGGGGCCAGUUUCUCAAUAACUUUUACAGGCACUAGGGUGCUAGUGAGCCAGAAAGUGAAACUUGGGGAGGCUGUUAAUAAAGUCCCUUGGAAAGCAUUGUGCAUGAUUUACCAUACCCAAAACCAGAGAGUUUUCUUUGUUGAAGAAAGGGACUUGUGCCCUCCCCAACAUCACACACACACUUUCCUGGCAGGCCCGAUGGGUUUCCAAACAUUUCGUCACCGUUUCCUCCUGACCUUGGUGUGAAGAGAACGAGCCGCGUGGCCUGUCGGUUCCAGCAGAGCCACUGGGGGCGCCGGCCUGGGCUGGAGGAGAGUGGUGGCCGACGCGGGAGUGGAGGCUCCAAGACCCCGUGGAGGAGCAUCAUGAGCUGGGAAGAGUAGACAAGCCCCAGAGCCUCACUGCAAAGAGGAAGGAAGAGCCAGCAGAUCCUCCUUGUGCCUGACGGCAUCAUCCAGCAACUUCCUCUGCCUCUGCUGUGGCCUCACUGGCUCCUGGACUAGGACCAGGCUUCCAGUAGGACCUUUCCCCAGGGGAUGGGCAACUGGUGAAGCAGUUCUCACUGCCAGGGCCCAGCUGGCCACACCAUGAACCUUCAGGCCCAGCCCAAGGCUCAGAACAAGCGGAAGCGUUGCCUCUUCUUCGGGGACCAGGAGUCAGCUCCCAAGGAGCAGCCCCCACCCCUGCAGGCCCCACAGCAGCCCCCGGCCCCUCCACAGUCCACCAGAGUGAAGGAGGAGCCGUACUUUGGGCACGAGGGUCCAUCUGGAGGCAUCCCGACCUCUCAGCCUGUGGAACUUCCCCCUCCCAACAACCUGGCCCUGCUGAACUCUGUGGUGUAUGGGCCUGAGCGCACCACAGCAGCCAUGUUGUCGCAGCAGGUGGGCUCAGUCAAGUGGCUCAAUUCUGUGAUGGCCCCAGGGCGGGGCCCAGAUCGUGGAGGGGGUGGGAGUGUCAGUGACAGCAGCUGGCAACAGCAGCCCGGCCAGCCUCCACCCCCCUCCACGUGGAACUGCCACAGCCUGCCUCUCUACAGUGGACCCAAGGGGAGCCCUCAUCCUGGUGUGGGGGUCUCCACCUACUAUAGCCACUCUGAGGCAUUGAAGCGCGAGAAAGGGGGAGGCCCACAGCUGGACCGCUAUGGCAAUGCAGCGCGGCCAGUGAUGCCACAGAAGGUGCAGCUGGAGGUAGGGCGGCCACAGGCCCCCCUCAACUCCUUCCAUGCAGCCAAGAAGCCCCCAAACCAGACACUGCCCCUGCAACCCUUCCAGCUAGCGUUUGGCCACCAGGUGAACCGGCAGGUCUUCCGGCAGGGCCCACCACCCCACAAUCCCGUUGCAGCCUACCCCCCGCAGAAGCAGCAGCAGGCAGCCCUGCCCCAGAUGCAGCUCUUUGAAAACUUCUACCCCAUGCAGCAGCCGCCCCCGCAGGCGCCGCAGGACUUUGGCCUGCAGCCGGCCGGGCCCCUAGGGCAGUCCCACCUGGCUCACCAUAGCAUGGCCUCCUACCCCUUCCCCCCUAACCCCGAUUUGAACCCAGAACUGCGCAAGGCCCUCCUGCAGGAGUCAGCCACACAGUCUGUGCUACCUCAGGCCCAGAUUGCCUUCCCCCGCCGUUCCCGCCGCCUCUCUAAGGAGGGGGUCCUGCCUCCCACCUCUCUGGAUGGGGCUGGCACCCAGCCUGGGCAGGAGCCCACCAGCAACCUGUUCCUACAUCACUGGCCCCCACAACAGAUGCCACCCGGCCCCUUGGGGCAGCCCCAUCCUGAAGCCUUGGGGUUCCCACUGGAGCUGAGAGAGUCCCAGCUGCUGCCCGAUGGGGAGAGACUGGCACCCAAUGGACGGGAACGGGAGGCUCCCGCCAUGGGUACCGAGGAGGGCAUGCGGGCAAUGGGCCCGGGGGACUGUGGGCAGGUGCCACGGGGUGGGGUGAUCCAGAGCACGCGAAGGAGACGCCGGGUGUCCCAGGAGGCCAACUUGUUGACCCUGGCCCAGAAGGCGGUGGAGCUGGCCUCGAUGCAGAAUGCAAAGGAAGCCAGUGGCUCUGAGGAGAAGAGGAAAAGUGUGUUGGCCUCAAACACCAAGUGCGGGGUGGAGUUUUCUGAGCCUUCCUUAGCAGCCAAGCGAGUACGAGAUGACAGUGGGAUGGUACCCCUCAUCAUCCCCGUGUCUGUGCCUGUGCGGACUGUGGACCCAACUGAGAUGGCUCAGGCUGGAGGUGUUGAGGAGGAUGGGAAGGGUCCUGAACAGAACCCCACUGAACACAAGCCAUCAGUCAUUGUCACCCGCAGGCGUUCCACUCGUAUCCCUGGGACUGAUGCCCCAGCUCAGGCUGAAGACAUGAAUGUCAAGGGGGAGGGGGAGCCUUCUGUACGGAAACCAAAGCAGCGGCCACGACCUGAGCCCCUGAUAAUCCCCACCAAGGCAGGAACUUUCAUCGCCCCACCUGUCUACUCCAACAUCACCCCCUACCAGAGCCACCUGCGCUCCCCUGUCCGCCUAGCUGACCACCCCUCUGAGCGGAGCUUUGAGCUGCCCCCCUACACACCACCCCCCAUCCUCAGCCCCGUGCGGGAAGGCUCCGGCCUCUACUUCAAUGCCAUCAUUUCAACCAACAGCAUCCCAGCCCCUCCCCCCAUCACACCAAAGAGUGCCCAUCGUACCCUGCUCCGGUCCAACAGUGCUGAAGUCACCCCGCCCGUCCUCUCUGUGAUGGGAGAGGCCACCCCAGUCAGCAUCGAGCCGCGGAUCAACGUGGGCUCCCGGUUCCAAGCAGAAAUCCCCUCCCUGAGGGACCGUGCCUUGGCAGCUGCAGACCCCCACAAGGCUGACUUGGUUUGGCAGCCAUGGGAGAACCUAGAGAGCAGCUGGGAGAAGCAGAGGCAAGUGGAAGACCUGCUGACAGCUGCCUGUUCCAGCAUUUUCCCUGGAGCUGGCACCAACCAGGAGCUGGCCCUGCAUUAUCUGCAUGAGUCCAGGGGAGACAUCCUGGAAACGCUGAAUAAGCUGCUACUGAAGAAGCCCCUGCGGCCCCACAACCACGCACUGGCAACUUAUCACUACACAGGCUCCGACCGGUGGAAGAUGGCUGAGAGGAAGCUAUUCAACAAGGGCAUUGCCAUCUAUAAGAAGGAUUUCUUCCUGGUGCAGAAGCUGAUCCAGACCAAGACUGUGGCCCAGUGCGUGGAGUUCUACUACACCUACAAGAAACAGGUGAAAAUCGGUCGCAAUGGGACUCUAACCUUCGGGGAUGUGGAUACGAGUGACGAGAAGUCAGCCCAAGAAGAUGUUGAAGUGGAUAUUAAGACUUCCCAGAAGUUCCCAAGGGUUCCUCCUCCCAGAAGAGAGUCCCCAAGUGAAGAGAGGUUGGAGCCCAAGAGGGAGGUGAAGGAGACCAGGAAGGAGGGGGAAGAGGAGGUGCCAGUGAUCCAGGAGAAGGGGGAACAGGAAGAGGGGCGAGAGCGGAGUCGACGGGCUGCGGCCGUCAAAGCCACACAUACACUACAGGCCAAUGAGUCGGCCAAUGACAUUCUCAUCCUCCGAAGCCACGAGUCCAAUGCCCCUGGAUCUGCUGGUGGCCCGGCCUCAGAGAAGCCAAGGGAGGGGGCAGGGAAGUCACGGAGGGCACUACCUUUUUCGGAGAAGAGGAAAAAAACAGAGACAUUUAAUAAGACCCAGAAUCAAGAGAACACUUUCCCUUGUAAAAAAUGUGGCAGGGUGUUUUACAAGGUGAAGAGCCGCAGCGCCCACAUGAAGAGCCACGCAGAGCAGGAGAAGAAGGCCGCAGCUCUGAAACAGAAGGAGAGAGAGGCUGCUGCCGCCGCCGCCGCCGCCGCCGCUGCUGCUGCUCCUGCUGCCACGGCCUCCCCCCACCAGCAGGCUCUGCAAGAAGAGAGCUCCCUGCACCAGCAGGCCCUGAAGGAGGAGAGUGGGGCUGGAGAGGAGGGCUGAGAAGACCUGGAGGGUUCAGCCAGGAGAGCGAGGGGCUGGCCCCCCUCUCCCGGGGCUCCCCUGCCCCUCCCUGCACCAGCUUGCAGAAAGACCAGGAAAUGCCUUGGAACCUCAAGAGGGUGUGAGGAGAGAAUCACGUGGACUUUUUUCUCUGGAAAAAAAGAAAAAAUCACACAGUAAAAUAAACAGCUCUUUUAUUUAUAAAGGCCCCAGGAGCAGUGUUAACGGGCAGCAGAAUCCAGUUCUCUUUGCAUUCGGCCUGUCUUAAGUUGUUCUCAUGCUUUCGUGGAAGUCCCUGCUGGGGUUCAGGAUGCCCCUUGGAAGGGGCUCUAGCUGCUGCCACCGCUGCCUCUCACACUCUGACCUCUGCUGCCUCUUUCCUUCCUCUUUGCCUCCUCGUCCCCCACUUGGUCUCUAGGAAGUGGCCAUGGGGAGCCAAGCACAAGCUCACCCCAUCCAGCCAUUACUUCCCCUCCCCAGUGGACCUCAAAAGCUGCCAGGCCUUGCCCCAAACCCUGGAAAAAGGGUCUCUGAGAGAGGGCUCGGCCUGGCACCUGUGACUGCCCCCUGCACAGCAACAUCCAGGUCUUAGCUGCUCCAGGGACCCUGUCCUCAGAGAGGCCACCUCCUCCUUGCAGGGAGGCCACCAGGAUGCCUCAUGGGAGAGAGAUCGAGGACAGGUACUUAUCCCUUUGCUGCUUGCUAGCAGCCCUGCUGGGGGGAGGGGCCCGAGUGCUGUCUGAGCUCUCAGCCUUCUGGAGGGAGGGGAACUGCAGAGGCUGGAAGCUGCAGGGCUGUGUGCAGCCUUAGGUCUGAGGGAUCUUCUGAUAAGCCUGGCUCUUCCUGCUUUGCACCUCUUUGCCAAAUACCUUGGGCUCUGGAAGCUGCUUAGGGGGCUUAGCUUAGAGGCAGUUCUGGAGAGGCCAGGAGGGAGGAUCCCCAGCAGCCCAGCCUGCUCCACCUGGGUGGGCACAGCGCCUCGCCUGCCUCUGUCAGCAGCUGCCUGCCCCCACCUCCAGUGCUGGUACCCACAGCCCAGCCCCCAGCCCUGCACGCUGGAGAUUUCUGCAUCCUUCCCUGGGAGGGGGAGGUCUCCAAACUAGAUUGGAAAGGAGCCUUCAUUCCUUGACUCGUGUGAUUUGGGAGCUAUUUAUUUAUUCUUAAUAUUUAAUUUUUAACAUCCUCUCAGGGACCAGGGGCCUCCUGCUUUCCAGAGGCCCAAGUGCAUUUAUCCCAAAACAAGGCACCUUCUUGGCACCCCGCUCGCUAAGGCCCUAAGGUCCCCCACCUCUUUGCUCUGAAAGCUCUUGCCAAUAGGAAUGAUAGCAGGACUGAGACAGGGUAGAGUGGAGGGUGUCACCCAAGCAGGAGAGACUAGCAGGAGCAGGGGAGAUCAAAGGCAGUUCUCCUCUGCUACCUCUUCCCUGGCUGUACUUUGAAGUUGCCUGAGGAGAUUGGCAGGUGGCCAGAAUUCUGGUUGAGUUUAUCAGGUCUGGAUUCUGCUGUAAGAAGCUGAAUUUGGCAAGGAGUCACUGAAGUGAGAGGGCUGAAAGGCUCUGGAGGCCCCUUCCCUUGCCAGCCCCAUAGGAGGGAUGAGUUAUUUUUUUGAUCUUGUUACUCAACUUUAGUUGUGAAAAAGAAGUUCUAACAAAUCAACGUGUUAGGAAGGAGCCGAAAAGUAUUCUUUCUGCUGGUCCUCCCAGGAGAGCUUCAAGCCGUCAUGUUGGUAACUAGGAGUGGGGAGGGAGUUUUGUUUUUAAACUAUGCACUAUCAGGUAGUUUUCAGUAUUCAUUUAUGCAUUAAUGUUGUUCCGCAGGACCCCAACUAUAGGAGUAACAAAAUUAUUCUCCCCCCAGACUCCUGGACAACUACCCUGAUUUCCAACUUCCUACUUGUUUUCUCCAUGGACUUCUACAAACUCAGUGUCCAGAGAUUGCAAAGAUCUGGUAUACCAUCUAGAAGCAGGAGAGUAGCAAAUUUAGGCUCUCUUUUAAAUCAUUUGUGUAAUAUGAGUGCCUUCAAAGCUUCGCCCCAAAGUGCUCCUUAUGUUUCCCAAGGUUUUUUCUACUUAAACUGUAUUUUGUUUCAGGCCCCUUUAUGGACAUGUGGUAGCAGAAACCUCCUUCAGGCACGUGAGACCCUUCUGUUCAGUGGUGGCUUCUAGUACUUGGAAAUCUUUUUUAAUAAGAAAGUGAUUCUUUUCUCCUAAGCUUAUGGAGACCAGACCAGGUGAAUGUAGGUGGGAAAAAUUAAGAUGGUACCUGUCUGUAUUAAUCCUCCAGCAGCCUACCCCACCAGACACCGCAUUUUAGGAGGGUUCAUGCUCCAGGAUGGAUUUAUAUCUAGAAUGUAAUGUGAAAAAUUAAACUGUUCAGAGGGCAGAUGCAAUCGUGGAGUGACCUGCCAAUAAGGUAGGUGCAGCCAUAGAAGCUGGCAUAAGUAUAUCCUUAAUGGUGCUUUCUCCCUGUGAAUGCAUUAGGUUCCUCUUUUUCUUCUUUUAUUCAGAGCUCUUUGCUUUAGGAAGUUAAAUGACAAACACCUCCAGCUUUAUGUCCUCCUUCUCACACUGUCUCAUCACAUCCAUUUCCCAGGGUCCAUCUGCAGUCAGCUAAGGGCGUGAAACUGACCUAGUGCCUGUGUUCCAGACCAUUUCUGAGGUCUCUUACCCACCCAGGGAGACAGUGCUGUCCGCACCGUUCUCCAUGCCUUCAGCAGCCUCCCUCACAGCUAAGGUACAUACCUGCCCCUUCUGCUGCCCCACCUCCUGCUGUGCUAAGUGAGGGCCUCCCCUGGCACAGAGGUUGUGCGCUGCUUAUGUCUAAAGGGAUCGUCUAUAUUUAACUGCCUCAGUGACCUAAACUCUUUCUUCUCAUGUGCCAGAUGUUAAGAUGAAGGAGGAAUACAACACAUCCUUAAGCCUCAGCUGUUUAAAUAUAUUUUCACUGGGACUUACUUUUCUGGGUCGGUAUUUAUUACCAGACUGGCAAACCUAACUCCUUAGGUUUACAGGAAGUAAUACAUAUUUUUAUAAAACAAUUCUAUGUCCUCCCCACAUUUUUCUGUGUUAAUAUUUGCCUCUAACAAUUUGCAGCUGUUUCACCUUUUCCUCAUUUGUCUCUAAAGUUGAAGGCCUUGUUGGAGGGGACAGAGCACAGGAACAGCCUUGACAGUCUGUAAUUAUUGUACAAAUAUUUUAAUAGCAUAUAAAUAAGUAUAUUCCUUUUAUUUUGAGAAAAAUGAUCAGACACUGCCUUUUGUGUGUUUGCUGCCUGUGGCACCCUUUUUUAAAAAGACUGUUACAUAUUAAAAUAGUGUACAUAUAUAUAGAAAUAUUACCUCUUUUGCUGUACAGUUGUGAUAGACGAGACUGAAGAUUUUAUUUUUUGUGUGCUUUUUAUAAAAAAAUUAAUACACUAAAGAAAAUCUUGCUGAUGUGAUUGUAAUGUACCUAUGUAACUUAUUUACUUUUGAAUGUUCCCUCUGUAUCUUUAAACCUUUUAUUAAAUAAGGUUUUAAAAA